GCCUUCACCAUGAGCACCACUGUCAGGCAAUACUCCUCCUCCAUGUCCCUCAAGGGACUCGGGGGCCUGGGAGGAGGAUCCAGAGGGAGCUAUGGGGCUGGCUUGGGGUCUGGCCUUGGAGCCGGCUUUGGAGCUGGCUUUGUAGGUGGCUUUGGAGGCGGCGAUGGCAUCCUCCAAGCUGGCGAGAAGGAGACGAUGCAGAACCUCAACGACCGCCUGGCUGUCUACCUGGACAAAGUGCGUGCCCUGGAGGAGGCCAACACUGACCUGGAGGUCAAGAUCAGGGAAUGGUACAAGAAGCAGGCACCUGGUCCUGACCGUGACUACAGCCCCUACUACAGGACCAUCGAGGAGCUCAGGAACAAGAUUCUUGCCGCAACUGUUGAAAAUGCCAACAUCGUCUUACAGAUUGACAAUGCCAGGCUGGCAGCUGAUGACUUCAGAACCAAGUUUGAGACGGAGCAGGCUCUGCGCCUGAGCGUGGAGGCAGACAUCAACGGCCUGCGCAGGGUCCUGGACGAGCUGACCCUGGCCAGAGCCGACCUGGAGAUGCAGAUUGAAAACCUAAAGGAAGAGUUGGCCUACCUCAAGAAGAACCACGAGGAGGAGAUGAAUGCCCUG